GUUUGGGGGGGGGGAUUUGGGGAGAGUGAGAGAGUGAGAGGGAAUGAGUGGGUGAGGGGACAGAAGCGGUUAGCCGGGGUUGGGCAGGGCAUGGUCAGAUGCCACCCAACCCGGUUCGAGCCCCGGGAGGCUGGUUAAACCUUGGAGACAUUGGGAAAGCUUCCUUCUCUCCUCCCUCCGUCCCAGAGACAAGCUUGCAGUUCUGCCCUAAGUGGUGCAAGAGCCCUGGUUUUGGCCGAGUCUCUGGGGGGAUAUUUGCUCCUGUUACCCCCUGGCAAGCCACACGAUUCGCAAGAAGCUUUAUUUCUGGCUGCCACAGGCAUGCAGGUCUGGCGCGUUUUGCUCGCCCGCUGUUCACCAUUCCCAGUGAGCGGAGACGACACAUUAGAGUGAUGGCGAGCGCACCGAGCCGAGAGGUGGCUGGUUCGUUGGAAAUGAGGUACAAACACGGCGGUGCGAGGCAAAAUAACGGCGGCCAACAUUUCAACGGCUACCCGAACCUGCUUAGACGCCGCCUAGUGUUGUCUCGAGUACAACGGGUACCAACCUUUCAGCUUUUUAGCCUCAGUGAGGCCCGGGCCCUCUUCGCUGCCGUUCGGGGUUGUUCUCCGCUAUCCCUCACGUGGACAUGGAAAAAUUGAUAAGCGAGAGCGAGAAACAAAGAUGGUCACAGCCCCCCCCCCCCCCCCC